CGGCCCUCUCCGCUUCCCAGCGCCCUUUCUCCGCCUCGAACCGCGCCCACUCGUGCUGGAUGAAGUGCAGGAUGCCCGGCAGGCUGAGGCCGCGCCACCGCGUGGUCACCGCUGGCAUCGCCACCACCACCGAACCGACGGCGGCGCCACCUCCACAUUAACUAAUCACCCCCCCCCCCUAAUUAACCAACCGGUGAGCUAAUUAAUGAAUUAAUUAACCGGCGCCAUGAGGAUCACCCCCUGCCAGGCCGCCCUGGCCGCCGCCAUCGCCCUCAACCUCCUCCUGCUGCUCCUGUCGCGCCUGAUCCCCGGCGCGUCCCCUCCUGCCGCCGGCCCCGGCGCGUCCCCGAGGGCGUCCCCGGCGUCACCGUCAUCCUCCGCGACUUCGACGGCCCCGAGCACGACGUGGCCGCCACCGCCCGCUCCUUCGCCGCCCUGCCCGGUGUCCCCCGUCCUGGUGGCCGCCGAGGUGUCCCCGUACCCGCCCGUGCCGCUGCCCGCCGGCGCGGCCCUGCUGUCCCUGCGGCCGGAGCCUCACCGGCCGCCGCCGCGGCCGGAGCUGGCCGUGAGGACGCGCCACGUGGCCUUGGUGCCGGACGGCGCCCGCGCCGCGCCCGGCCUGCUGCGGCGCAUGAGGGACGUUCUGGAAGCUUCCGCGGACGCCGGCACCAAGGUGGUGGCGGCGGCCGUGGGGCAGCGGCGGCCGCGGUGUUUGGCGGUGGAGGUGGACAUCAAGGCGUGGACGGUGCGGUACAGCUACGCUGACCGGCAGAGUGACCGGCAGAGUGACCGGCAGAGUGACCGGCAGAGUGACCGGCAGAGUGACCAGCACGGUGACCGGCAGAGUGACCGGCACGGUGACCGGCAGAGUGACCGGCAGAGUGACCGGCACGGUGACGGGCACGGCGACCUCUGCGGGGCGCUGGACGGAGCCCCGGCCGUGCUGCUCCUCCGCACGCGCGACCUCUUCUCGCUGCCCUUCCCUCUGAGCCGCCCGGUGGCCACCUCGCUGUCCCUGCAGGCGGCCGCGCGGGGCUGGCGGCUGCUCCUGCUGCCGGCCGCUUUCCCGCUGGCCCCGCGGCCGGCCCCGUCGCCGCACGCGCAGCGGCGAGCCCGCGGCGCGGACGAGGCGCGGCGCCGGGCGCUGCUGGAGCAGUUCGGCGUCAAGCUGGAGGUGCUGGCGGACGGCGCCCGGCGCUGGCACGGCUGCGACAAGGACACGCCGCGCUGCUUCGGCACCGUGCGGGCGCAGAGCCCCGAGUACCUGCUGGCCGGGCGCUGGACGCCGCCCUGCUGCCUGCGGGCGCUGCGAGCCACCGCGCGCCACGUGCUGGCCCAGCUGGAGGCGGCCGGCGUGCGGCACUGGCUGGAGGGGGGCUCCCUCCUGGGCGCCGUCCGCCUCGGCGACAUCAUCCCCUGGGACUACGACGUGGACGUGGGGCUCUACCGCGACGACGUCCCCAAGUGCCGCUGGCUGGCGGCCGUGGCGGCCACCGGCCGGCCCGUGGAGGACCCGCAGGGAUUUCUUUGGGAGAAAGCGGCCGAGGGGGAAUUCUUCCGCGUCCACUUCAGCCGCACCAACCGGCUGCACGUGGACCUGUGGCCGUUCUACGUCCGCCCCGGCGCCGCCGUCAUGACCAAGGACACGUGGCUGGGCCACCGGCAGGACGUGGAGUUCCCCGAGCGCUUCCUGGUGCCCCUGGGCACGGUGCCCUUCGCCGGCGUGCUGGCCAAAGCCCCCAACGACCCCCGCGGCUUCCUGGAGCUCAAAUUCGGGCCCGGCGCCAUCGAGAGCCCCGAGUACCCCAACCCCGAGGUCAGGAGGCUGGCACAGGACGUGGGCAAUAAAACCUCGCGGUGACAUCUCUGAUUGUCCUCAGUGCCACCCUGGGGUCCCCAGUGCCACCCUUGGGGUCCCAGUGCCACCCCUGGGGUCCCUGUGCCACCCUUGGGGUCCCAGUGCCACAUUUGGGGUCCCUGUGCCACACCCGGCGCCAUCGAGAGCCCCGAGUACCCCAACCCCGAGGUCAGGAGGUUGGCACAGGACGUGGGCAAUAAAACCUCGCGGUGACACUUGUGUCACUCCGUGUGCCACUCUGUGUGCCACCCCUGGGGUCCCUGUGCCAC